GAAUGAAUUGGCGAAAAGGAAAGUAGGCUGAAUUCGUCAAAUAUAUUUAUCACUUUGAGCGUGCACACGAUACCAUGACAGAAUCACGCAACCCAGUGAUGGCUGUCAUCCCGCAGGUGGCCCCGGCGCACACUGACACGACCUCCUCGGCUACAGAGAUGGACCCAGUUGAAUACACGUUGAGAAAACGCCUCCCACGUAAACUUCCAAAGAGACGAAAUGACGUCUAUGUUAACAUGAAGACGGAUUUCAGAGCCCAGCUUGCACGCUGCCAGAAGCUGCUGGAAGGUGGUGGCCACAGGGAGAUCUGUGUGCACGGCCUGGGCCUGGCUAUUAACAGAGCCAUCAACAUCGCCCUUCAGCUUCAGGCCAGCAGCCAGGGGGCGCUUCAGCUGGCAGCCAACACUUCCACAGUGGAGCUUGUGGACGAUCUGGAGCCAGAAGACCCCGAUGAGGCAAGGGAACCCAUGACACGUACGCGGAACAACUCAGCCAUUCACAUCAAGGUUUUCUACCCAGACAUACAGUAAUGUGGCUUCCUUGUUGGGUGGUGCAGUGGACAAACAUUUUCCCACCUUUUUUGGGUGAUUGGAAACCUGACAGUAGUAGAUGGCUGUUGAGAGAAGUA